UAUGGAGUAUUUUAACUAUUUUAAUUUUAGACACUUAUUAAUCAAUAUACCAAGAAGAAAUGGUGGUAUUAAGACUAAAAAAGAAAAAUCAAUUAAAGUAAAAAAUUACAAAGUGAAAUAAAUUCAAGAAGACUUAUUUGAGAAAUAUAAUUCUUUAAAAUAAGACAUUUUAAAUAUCAAUAUAGAAUCAAAUUUUAUAAAUAAAUAAGUAGAAUAGGUAUUAUUUUGUAAUGCUAUUAGUUUUAAAACACUUAAUCCACGCUGCUUGAAUCCUAUCACUCUUUAUUUAUGGAAUUUAGUGUUAUAAAAAAUAAGCGCCAAACUUAUAAUGAUUUAAUGUGUUAAUUGCUAUUUAAAUUAACAAACACUUCUCCUAAUGAUUAAUUACAAAGUAUUAUAAUCAAAUUAAUAUUUUAGAUAUGGUUUAAAAAUUCAAUAAUACAAAUUAAAAUACAAUGAGCAAUGGAGCUGGUAGCUCUGAUAAUAAUAAUGAAUAGAAUGGAGGAUCUAGUAAAGAUGGUAAUUUAAAUAUUUUUAUAUUCUAGAUACAAAUUAGAGUAAUGCAAGUAACCAAUAAUUAGAAGAAGAAAGAAUAAAGGCUGUAUGA